GUGCCUUACUUAAAUUAAAUCCACUUUACUUCUCUCAACUUUGUAUUUCUCAUCAUCUUGAUCGGCCUCUGCUAGUGAACUCUCGUCGAAGGAAGCAGUCGCCGGUGAUCGAUCCUCAUCGCCGACGACCAUGAUCGCGUCUAGCAGCCAUUUGUGAACAGGGCCUGUUCCAUUCCUAUGAAUGUUCUGAAGAUCGAGAAAGAUGGGAAUUUUCUACAGCAUUAAAAGGUUCUUGGGCUAUCAAACAGAAAAUGAAGAAGGUGAAAGCCCAACUUAUCCAUAUUCUAUCCUUCACCGGAGCCAGAAUCGUUAUCCCUGCAAUGGCGAUUCCAACAGGUUCUCGGAAAGGCUGCGUAAGAUGUUUUCUUUUCAAAGUUUGAUCUACAAAGCUGGAAAGGGCCUGUUGCAGACAUUCCGCUUCAUCUUCUACUCUCGGAGGCCGAGAAAAACUGCGGACCCGGUUCUUCCUGUUCAGAAUCCAGCGCCAAGCGUAGACCAUGAUCCAUUAUUGCUUCAAGCCCUUCUGGUUUCUUCGCCUGGUGAUGAUUCAUCCGUGGGCUAUGCCCCGGAAACUGCGCGUGCUGCAUACUCGAUGGCCCAAACCAGCGCGAGCGAGGAGAUGAUGAAUUCUGCUGUUUUUGUGGAAGAGAACGCGGGGGCGAUAGUGGACAGGGCUCAUGCUUUUAUAGAGGAAAUUGGUCAGGGAAAUGUCCCUGAUUCUGUGGAAGAGAAUAGGGGGAAGAAGUCGUCGGAAGGGAAAGAAGAAGAGGAGAAGGUGAUGAUAAAGAGUAGCGUGGUGGUGGAUGAAGGGCGGUGGAUUAAGCAUUACAGCAGCUGCCACCGCAUACUGCUGGUCGGGGAGGGAGAUUUCUCCUUCUCUACUUGUCUGGCUAUGGCCUUUGGCUGGGCUUCCAACAUCAUUGCUACUUCUCUCGAUUCUAAAGGAUUUUUGAAGAAAAAUUAUGAGAAUGCGGCAUCCAACAUUAACGAAUUAAAGAUCAGGGGGUGCAAGGUCAUGCACGGCAUCGACGCAACCCAAAUGGCUACUCAUGAACUGCUCGGACACCUUACAUUCGACCGAAUAAUUUUCAACUUCCCCUUCGCCGGAUUUUUCAAGAACCUGUCGCGGCAAUCACAGCUCCGACGACACAGGCGACUAGUGAGCAUGUUUCUGAAGAACGCGAAGGAGAUGAUAAGUGAAGAAGGUGAGAUUCACAUAUCCCACAAGACCAACGAUUUCCACAUCGAAUGGAAGCUGGAGGCGGUGGCUGCCUCCCACAGACUGAGGCUGAUUGAGGCCGUGAACUUCAAUCAUCUUGACUAUCCAGGCUACAAUACCAAGUGUGGAUUUGGAGGGGACAACAACUUCAAUUGCAAUCCCAGCAAGACCUACAAAUUUGGACUUAAAUAUUACUAAGCUGUCCAAAUUCUUCUUUAUGAGUUGCAAUUUGUGUAUAUAUAAAUGUAUGUGCUGAGUGUUUUUGUGCUGUGGUAUUGGGCUGUCUAUGUCUUGUCUAAUGGUAAUUUACGUGCUAUAUGUAUCUCACCCUCCCUCACUAUCACUCUUUCUUUGUAAGAGUCGUGUUUGAAUGAAUUGAUUCCAUAUUGCAUUAAAUCAUGAA